AUGAGAGAUCGCACCCUUCUUCAGCUCUUUGCUGCUACUGCUGCUUCAUUGGUGAACGCUACUCCUUCAAACAGCUGGGAUCAGAGCGUAGAUAUCAUCAAUGGCAGUGUUCGCAUCUACGGCGAUGACGCUUAUCCUGUCUUGUACCGCCGUGCCCUUCUCAACGAUGCUCCCCGAGCCCGCUAUCCUGGCUUCAAGCAGGAGACGUUGAUCCUCAAGAAUGGAACGGUUCGCCGUGAGGGUGCGAGGGCCUUGUCCUGCGACAUUCGCUUUGAACGGGACCAACCCAUGACCCUUCGCGAUGGUACUGUCAUCUACACUGAUGUCUUCCGUCCGGUGGAUUCCAACGCAAGCAACACCAUUCCUGCCAUCGUGGCCUGGAGUCCUUACGGCAAAGAAAUUGGUGGACAGUGGCUGGACGACUUUCCCUACCGCGCCGGAGUCCCCCUGUCCCAAGUCUCUGAGCUCCAGAAAUUCGAGGCUCCCGAUCCAGCCUAUUGGGUUUGCCAAGGAUACGCCAUUGUUAAUCCUGAUGCUCGUGGUGCCUAUUCCUCCGAUGGUAAUAUCACCUUCUGGGGUCGCCAGCUCGCUGAGGACGGUUACGACUUUAUCGAGUGGGUGGCCGACCAAGACUGGAGCUCAGGAAAGGUCGGCAUGUCUGGCAACUCUUGGCUCUCAGUCUCGCAGUGGUUCAUCGCUGCUGAGCACCCUCCUCAUCUGACCGCGAUAGCGCCAUGGGAGGGCCUGACUGACCUGUAUCGCGACUCAACCAACCGUGGCGGUGUGCCCUCACCAGCCUUCCAGGAGGCGAUACUUACUACGUUCGCUGGCAAGGCCUACGUAGAGGACAACGCCCGCAAGAUCACCAGCGAGCCCUUUGUCAAUAUCUACUGGGAAGACAAAAUAGCUCGUGUCGACCAGAUCACCAUCCCGGCUUACGUCGUAGCGAGUUACACGAACCCCGUGCACACGCGCGGCUCUUUCCAGGGAUUUCGCGACAUGAAGUCGACGGAGAAGUGGCUGAGAGUUCACAACACCUUUGAAUGGCCCGACUAUUACGAACCCGCUCAUGUCGCCGAGCUCACCUCGUUUUUCGACUACUACCUGAAGGGCAAGGAGAACGGUUGGGCGGAGACGCCUCGUGUCCGCAUCUCUGUACUUGACCCGGGCCAUGAGGAUGAGGUCAACCGCGUUGUAGCUGACUGGCCUGUUCCUGGAUUGACCGGCAAGACUUUCUAUCUCUCUGCCGACGGCUUAAGCGACACCCUGCCCUCCGAUGCAUCCUCCACCUCCUACGAGGUUGCCACCGACAGCGCCGCCGGCUCGGUCUCCUUUAGCUACUCUGCCACUGACCUUACCGAGAUCAUUGGGUACAUAAAGGUCAAGCUCUGGGUAGAAGCGGACGGCUCUGACGACAUGGACCUGGACAUCACUAUCCAGAAGACGGACAAGGAUGGAAAUUCAUAUCAAACAGUGACCGGCGGCAUCAUCUCCACUCAAGGCAUCAUCCGUGCUUCCAUGCGUGCUCUCAACAAGCAACUGUCCACGGACUUCGAGCCAUACCAGGCUUUCACCAGCGAGAGCUUGCUGACCCCUGGCGAGAUCUAUCCUUUGGAGGUCGGCCUCUGGCCCACAGCUCUCAGGAUCCAUCCCGGCGAGCACAUUCUCCUCACUAUUUCCGCUCACACACCCAUCCCUGCUGACUUGGAUCUUGGGUUCGGGUCCGCUCUGGAACAUGUUCCCGCGGCGGGUGGCACCUUCUUGGAAGGGACCAACGUGAAUCUUCAGGCGCUUGGUGGUUGCACGGACUGCAAUCCUCCAUACGUCAACGCGCAGCGAGUGACAACCCCUGUCAGCCGUAACAAGGGCAGUCACAUCUUCCACUUUGGGGGUAAGUAUGACAGCUACGUCCUCAUGCCUCUUAAUGUCUCUAGCUCUAGUACGAGCGAGCCGGCAGUACAAUCGGGAAGAAAUCUAAAGGAUGAGUUGUGA